UUUCUAUAUUCCUUUAACUCGACCUCCCAUCAAUGGCCAAUCCACCGGAGGAAAAACUCAUCCAUUCCGAUGACUGCCUGGACGUGUAUCUCACGAAACAGACCACGUCGGCCAUCGGUUUGCGUUGGGACUUUCCCGAGCCAUUACAGCUGUGCGAACCGUUCGACUUGUUCAAGGUGGAAAAGUGCUACAGCUGCAGGCGUAACCGCUGGGACGUGGUUCACUGGGGCAAAGGAUGGUCGGUUGUGGUUCGAAAUCUCGAACAAAAUCUGUGCUAUUCGUUCCGUAUCAACGUGCUCAGACAGAAUGAGGAGGACGGUAGUUUCACUUACCUGUGUCGGUCGAGAAUAUUUAAAUCAUUCACUCUACCGGAUGUUCCGUCAGCGGUGGCACUGUUCAGAGCAGUAAAGAAAAGUCAAUCGGCUCUUGUUCGCAAGUUUCUCAGUGUCAAACCGGAUCUAGUUAAUGUGCCGGUCAACGGUGAGACACUACUGUAUCAGGCAGUAAGGAACAACAAUCUGGAAAUCGUAGAUCUUCUGCUGGAGUUCGGAGCCAAUGUUCACCUUGGAUUGCCGAUUAACGGAGAGACUCCCCUUCACCUAGCAAUUUACAACAAAAAUGUUAAGAUCGCUCGGCACCUGAUCGAACACGGGGCUGAUUUGACCUCAGCUAACUGCAUUGGCAUGACGGCUGGGCACUACGCAGUGGAUGCCAAUGAUCUUCACACGCUCAAGUUCGUACUGUCUCACGGCUGUAGCUCGGAGGCACGCGAUCGAUGUAGUUGGACAUUAAUUUUCCGGGCGAUUUUCAUGCGUGUCGAUGCUGAGAUUAUCAAGCAUUUGAUAGAGAAAAAGUGCCCGUUGAAGGUCCGUGACCGCAACAGACUGAUGCCACUGGAUUACGCACGGUUGAUGGGUCAGGAGGAGGUCAUCAGAAUGAUUAAACGCAGACUUAAGAUCUAAGGGGGAGGCUUGUUCGAUUAUUUACAGUGUAAUUUUGCGCACAAUUUUGAAACGGUCGCUUUUUUGCAUUAAAUAAA